AUGAGCACGGAGGACUUGUCUUUGGAUGAUUACAUCGCAAAACGCCGCAUCAGUGUCAAUCGACCUGAUCAACGAGGGCGUCGUCGAUCCGGCGGUUAUUACAACAACAAUAACCGCAGUCGCAGUCCCGCAUUCUGGGAACACGAUUUGUACGACGAAGAUGGAAGACGACCCCGCUCCUCCAUGGCUGGAAAUCGUCGUUCAUCGUUUCGCUCGCGCUCGAGAUCCCCUGUGUCCCGCCCUCGUUCUCGCUACGGAAAGAGAUUUGAUCGAGAGAAUCGGACUCUCGAUCGCUCUGGAUGCAAGAUCAUCAUAGACAAUCUCGACUACGGCGUUACCGAUGACGAUAUGGAGGAGCUUUUCCGUGAAUUCGGAGACAUCAAGCGGGUCUCCGUGCUCUUCAACAGCCAGGGCAAGUCCACAGGCUCCGCGGAGAUUGUUUUUCGCCGACCGGAAUUUGCCAACGACGCUCAAGUACAGUACGAUGGUGUGCUUCUUGAUGGGCGACCAAUGCACAUCACAGUGGUAAGAGACCACACUUCUCGUUACCCGAGCCGAGACCGCUCCCGCUCGCCACAGUACUACGGCCGCCGACCCUCUUCUCGACAAUACUGA